CAUUUCCUCCAUCUUUGCCGUUUACUUCAGUUGCAGAAAGGAUAAGCACAAACCGCCCCCCUCUGCGAUGGAAGGUUUCGAUUUCCACAGCCUUGCAAGGAAGGAUCUCCAAGCUCUGUGCAAGCAGAACAAGAUCCCCGCCAACCUCACCAAUGUCGCCAUGGCCGACUCUCUGCAAGCUCUCCAACAGGUGGAGGGACUCGAUGAAUUAAUCGAAGCACUGAAGUCUGAUCCUCAUCGUUCCCCAGGGAAAACUGUCCCCGGAACGCCUGUGGUUCCGCCGUCCGGCCGCCGAAGUACAGUUAGAAGUAAGCCUGCGAUAGUUGAGCCAGUGACUCGUACUCGGCGCACUACAAGGAAAACUGCUGCUCCAGAGGCUGGUGCAGUUGCUGAAACUCCGGUGACGGCGGUAAGCAGGAGGAAGGUGCCAGUCCCUGAAGCUAGCAAGUUUAGUUUGGAAGGCGAGGGAGUUGGUGUUGUGGAGAAGACUAAGGCUGCCUCAGUAGCAAAAUCUGUCCAGAAAGGUUCAUCGUCUGUGGCCACUUCUAUCCACAAAGAUGAAAAAUCUUUCCAGAAUGUGUACAGCAGCAGGCGAUCAGUAAGGUUGUUGGAGAAGAGCAUGGCAAAGAUUUGUUUGAAUGAAGGCGCUGCCGCUGGAGAUGAUUCAUCGAUUGCACCAAAGGAGGAAACCCAUGUCUCUUGUGGAAACUUGGACUCUUUAUUGGAGAAUGAAUCUGAAAUCCAAGAAGGAGUUUCUGCAGAUCAUGCGAACAUUAGCUCAGAGUCUGUUAAAAGUGAUGACAUGAGUGUAGUUCCAAGCUUAGGUUCUCAAGAGGAGAAUGUUGAUAUGAAUUCGGAGGUAGUUGAGCCUCUUCCCAAAGCUGACUACCACAAUGGAAAAGAAGCAGCUAGUAAUGUGAACAAGAAUGAAUCCAUUGAUGAGACUGUAUCCCUAGAGGAUGUGGAGAAAACUGUCUCCAGUCUGUCGGAGAAUGAAACUGGAAUGAACUGUGAUCUUCAAGCAGAUGAGGGAAACAAAGAUGAAGUGGAGGAGAAACAGUACAUUGACCCUGUUGUAUGUGAUAAUGUACAAGAUCAUGAAGCCCUAAAGGAGAGUGAACCAGAUGACAUUCCAAUGGAACUCAGCAAUCCAGAUGCUUCUUCCAUUGGCAACCGUUCACCGGACACAGAAACUAAAAUGGACGCUGAAGUUCAAUUGAAUGGCGGCCAACUAGCGGCAUGCGCAGAAAACAUGCCUGGAAGUCCCAAUCUAUCAGACUGGUCAGGUGGAAGCUUUGAUGAGUGGUUAGCUAAGGAACAACAAAAGAACAUUGAUGAAGCAGGACCAGCAGCAGUCUCAACUCCAAGACCUGCUCUGAAAUCAAUCGUUGUAAUGGGAUCAAACAGCCACCAUGUUUCUUCCGCUGCUUUACAAGUGUCUGAAGACACCACCUCUCCUGCAGUCACUGAAACAAAGCCUAUGAUACACACUGAUGAAGACUCGGAGGACCAUAAUGGGAUGAAACUAGAUGGAAUUCAAGGAGAUAUUGAAGUUGAUUCAGAAGAAGUCGUCGUCACCAUCACCCAACCAGCUGCAGCCGGUGCUGCUUCCUUGAUCUCGGGCAACAUGAAGCUCUCGUCACCUUUCGCAGCUGACGCACUUCAGGGCCAGUUUCCCAGACCAUCGUUGUUGUCGGCCAAUAAACAGCAGACAAUCCAGAAGAAUAGGGCCGACAUUUCAUCGGAAAUCAACAAGGAGAACGUUGACAACUGGGAGAUCAUGAGGAAGGAGGAGACUGGAAAAGAUGAAGCGACGAUGACGGCGAAGAAAGAGGGUUCUAAAGAGUUGGAGGAGCUGAGUAUGAGGCAACUGGAAAAGAUGCUGAAGGAAAAGCUGCAGCUUGCUAACAAAAAGACUGAAAAGCAGGUGGAGGAGAAGAGGCAGGCAAUGCAGAGGUUACCAGAGAAUCGUAUGCCGGUUGGCGAAACUGAUAGGAAGAACUAGAGAUCUUCAGGACCAAUUCGUCGAGUUUGAAAUGGAAAAUUUCAUUCUCCACUUCGUUGAUGUUCAAGACAAGACAAACCUUCUUGGUUUGCUUCCUUUUUUUUUUCUUUUUCCCUUCUUCUUGGUUUUCAGGUUACAAUGUUGUGAGUUUUGAUGAACGGUGAUACAAUAAUUUGUCAUUCUGGAGUUUGGUCUCCCUUUCUAAGAGUUUGUAAGCCCGUCAAUAGAAAUGAACUUGCUGUUCAAAAACGCCAAUGAGAAUACAGCCCAACUUCCAUGUUGACCAACGUUUCAUGAUGUUGUCCUCCGGGAAAAUUAUAUCUCA